CCCAAACUGCGUCCGCAACCUCAGUUUGGUCAUCAAUCGCAGUUCCAAAGGCCCGUCCAUCCACCACAGCAGCCUCCCGCUUUCAGACCAGGCCCCACUGCCGCCUUCCCGCACCCUCCCCCGCCACCUCAUGGCCGCAAUCCACAGAACCAACAGUACAUCGAACAGCAGCGCAAAGUAAUCCAACAGCAGCAGGCUGAACUCUUCCAGCAGCAACAACAGCAGCAACAUCAGCCUCCUCCCCCACAGUCGCACAUUUUGCAACAAUUGCAGCAGCAGAGACAUCAACAGCAACUUGCCCACCAACAGCAACUACAGCAACAGCAUCUGCAACAGCAGAGGCUGCAACAGCCGCAGAGGCUGCCGCCACCUCAAUCUCAAUCUCAGCCGCAGUCGCCUUUGCAACCUCAGUCGCAACAUCAAACCGCUCAACAGUUGGGCUUCAACGGCGAGAUUGUGAAAUCAGUUCCAAGUCUGGAGGAGCAUCUGACGACUCACGAAGUUAGCAAGCCGCGACCCGUUCAACAGUUCUUAGGACCUGCAACGUCCGCCAGCCAUGCUCACGGACUGGGACAACCUGCUCCCGCCACGUCUUCGAGUCUUGGCCAUAGUCUAGGCCAACCCUCACCGUCCACGUCACCAAGUAUCGGCCACGGUCUUGGUCAGUCCGCGCCUUCUUUCUCAUCGAAUACACAGUCCGAGGCCCGGAAGCCGACAACGUUUACGGUUCAACAGUCUAUCAGUCAGCCACAGCUUCAACAGCAUCAACACUUUCAACAACAACAUCAAUUCCAGCAACAGCAUCAACAGCAGCUCCUGCAGCACCAGCAGUUGCCCAGCGUGAGCCAGACGCCGCCGUCGCGGCCUUUCGCCGGCCCGCAGAGCAUCCACCGUCCUUCGCUGCUGCCGGCCGCGCCGCCCACUUCCAAACCGCCCAAGGUGUUCUCACUGGUGCCAUCGAGCACUGCCACUCCCAGCACCACCACCGCCACGCCCACCACUCCUGCCGUCGGCGAUAAAGACAAAAAGGACAAGCCGCUGCCCGCGCUGCCCGACGAGGUCCCUGAGGAUCUGCGCCAGCAGCUGCUGUCGUCAGGCAUUCUCAGCAACGCUGACAUUCAGGUGCUGGACUACGACAAGGUGGGCGACAUCCCCAUCGAGAGCCUGCCGCCCGAGGCGCUGGAGAACUUCUACGGGGCUGGGAGCGCCCCCGUGCCCGCAGUUGUGUCCCCGAACGCCACCGCGCCGCCCAAGACCAAGACGUCGGCGGUCUCCCCGGCGCCCUCCGCCGCCGCGCCCGUCGAGAUGAAGGUGGUGCGCUAUGACUCAGCAUCGGCGGCCGGACAGCAGCUGGCGGAGCAGUACGUACGAGCUGACGCCACGCAAGUGGACCCGGUGGUGCUCAAUGAUGCCGGCUACAACCGCUACCUGCCCCUCAAAGUGAGCGGCGUGGGGUUCCCGCUGCCUGACGUGCCCGAACUGCGAGGCCGCAACGUGACGAGCGUCGUCAUCUUGGCACCUGUCGACUACGACCUGCUGCAGCAGGGCGAGAGCUCGGCGCCCGACGCCGACGCCGACCCCACCGCCGGCGACGACGCCGACCGCGCGGGGCGCGCAGCAGCCAUCCAGGUGAAGGGCGUGCGCUUCGUCACCGGGGACAUCCUCAAGGACUUGGUGAAGAACCCCUCCGACGAGAACUACCGGCGCUGGCUGGAGCGCGAGCGGAAGGCGUCCGCGGAGCAGCAAGCCAUCAUCCUGCUCGUGGCCGAGGGCACGGCCUCAGUCGGCAAAGAGAUCUUCAUGUACGACGCGGGCUCCCAGCGCGUGAGCAAGCUCAGCGGCAAGCUUAGUGCCGCGUUCGUCGACGUGGCAGAAGCCAACGCCAACAGCCAAGACAUCGACAACAUCUCGGCCACGUCACCGCACAUCAUGGAGCUGCGACAUCGCGGUUCGCUCGACGUCUCCGCCGAAGGAUCGGAGGCGGCGGAGAGCCGCCACCCUGCCCCCGCCGUCGCCGUCGCGCCCACCCCCGCGGCCAUCUCCAUCAGCGGGGGCUACAGUAAAACGGCCGCUUCUUCCUAGAAAUCUGUUCUAUAGUCGUAUUAAAAUUACUUCCGUUCUCACGUAUACGCCGAAGAUGCGCGAUGUUUUCGUUAUCCACUCUUGGUUCGUACUAGCGUGAUAGUUUUGUUUCUGCAGAAACAAGUAUCGUUCAAUUGCUAUCACUGCUUCUUAUCGAGGAAUGUUGUUAAUUUUAUGUUGCGUCUUCGCUACAAUUUACACGAGGAGUCGUGGUUCAGUUUCAUGUUUAUUAAAGUACUUUGUGUCGAAGGACGUAAUUGUGGGGGCGAGCAACAUUGUCUUGAUAUGUGAAAGGUUCGAUAAUAAUAGAAAUGCCACGAAACUACCCUUUUCACAGCUUCUACGCCAAACUGUGAGGACGGAAGUUGUUUUAAUAUGACUAUAGUUCUAGCUGCUCGACACCACCUACAAGUAAUAAAAAAUCAUCGGCAUAGGAUGAGACGUCAUCGUUGACGAGAAGCCUUAAAAAUCUCACUUCGAUAAUUAAUUACAUUAGUCUGGUAAUUAGCCAUUUGCACGGCAAUACGUAAAUGAAGCUCGAUAUAUCGAGCUCGAUAUAUUUUGGGUCAAAAUGUUUAUUAUAAUUUCUACAACCCUAGCUCGAAAGAUUUUUUCUAGAAAAGUGUGCUAAGAAUGACGAAAGCCGUAAUUAAUUCGGUUUUAAAAAUUGAAUGAUCAUAAAUUGCAGAUGGAGGAAACAUUAACAUUCGAAUUAUCUGAUGAUCGGAAUACUAUGCGUUGUUGGAGAAAAAUUAACCAAGUUUCUUAGCAAUUUUAGAAACCUUAGCAUGUUACUAUUUUGUGAAAAUCUUGUACUUUAAAACAAAUGCCAUAUUGUGUUCCUGCGGACUCGUUGUAUCUUCCUUCGCAGAACACAAACGAUAAAGGCCAUGUUUUUCAUGUUUCCGUACACUACUGUCGCGAAAUGAUGCAGUAGUGACCUCUAACUAUGAAGUCUCAUCCAAGAGUUGAGAUCGAUGUCGGGCGAUUCAUUCGCCGCGCUGCAGCACUCGACUGAACUCGCAAAAGGAAUCCUCCGCGACCACGGAACCAUAGGCGUAGGAAGGGUAGAUUAAUUUAACUUCCUGGGUGGUUAGAAGUGUGCAACGAAGCUCAUGGCCCAGUGGAGGCCGCGCCGCUGCGGGCCGCGAGACGGCAGAUGGCAUCCCGCUCCGCCCACGUGACUCGCCUUCCCGCUUCUCGCGUAUGUGUCUCCCGUGGCGAAAAUUCACAGGUGAAGCGUUGCGCGACGAUGUGAAGGUGAGAAAGGAGUUCAGAUUCAGACAGUCCCAUCUUAGCGAAAGGCAGAAUUUUAAAGUGUUCAAUAAAACCAAGCUGUUUAAAUGAUUUACUUUCAAUAUAAUUUCUUUACUUAAAAUGACAACUGAGAAUGAACUAUGUGUAUCUCACGAUCAUAUGGCAGACCGUCUGACACACUCGUGAAUAACAUUUUCGUUAUCCUUGUUAGUUUGUGAUCUCCUUGGUAAUUACAGCGCAACCAAGAGAGUGCGUCACCUAUGCAUUUCCGCCCUGGUUUGUCCCGUAGCAGGCCCAGAACGCUGAUCUCCAGAUGGAACUGAAUAGGAAAUAGGAACAAUCGUUGUGAUGCCACUACUGCGAAGGACGCCACUACUGUGAAAGAUGCGCACUCGAAGAUGAUAUUUAGUCGUCAGUAGAUGCCUUUUAAACAAAUAUCAUGAAGUGGAGAAGAAAGAAAGACGUUUUAUUGUUAAAGCUUUUAAAUGAUCCAGGGUUUUCUGUGAUGUGUGGUCAAUGCAAUAAAUAUAGUACUAACAAAAUUUGUCUGGUAUAUAGUAAUAGUAUGUACUCAACUCAGAGUAAAUUGAUAAUCAUAGUAACGGAGAUUGACACAAAGGAUGUGACAUCGCCAAGAAAGCAUUGAUGCCCAAAAUUAAAUCAUCGAUGUUACUAAUAUCCACAUUGAUAUCGCAUCCCUAAGCCAUAUGAAAUUGUCCAUCAUGGUUUAAGUUCCAAACUCUAAGCUCUACUUAGUUUGACCUCUCCAGUUCACUUAUACAUUCGAUCAUCCGGUUUCUCACAAGCGAUUUUCAUGUUUUAUUGAAUAUCUGUACCUACAGAUUAUCUCGUUCACAUUUACCUUCUAUAACCUUUGAAUCGCAAUUAUUCUCUUCAAUGACGAACGUAGAGCAUUCUUCGCGUUUACCACUUGAUUCGAAGAGACAAUAUACACACUGGAUUACAAGGCAGUGAUGGUAUAGCAAUUCUGUAAUCGCAACAGUCGUCACACACAACUGCAUUUGGACUGCAUUAAAACUUCCACUCAUUCGAUCCACCAGGACUUCUACAUUUUCAUAGUAAGAAACCGAAUUAACUCAUAUUAAAAUUAAAUCGUUAAGCAUAUCUGCAGCUCCCAAUUCUCUAUUCAAGUGUGAAUGUUCUGUGAAAUUAUUCUUAUCUACUAGAGAUUCUCAAUUUUUUUAAAGAUUGGACCCCUCAUGCAUAGUAAUAUAUAUAUAUA